AGUCAGUGGCAAGCGAGGAAGGGCUUCUCACCAUCGAGAGGGCACACCACGUUCUCCAAGCCGAGUGCAAGAGCAAGGCGCAUUUUCCCAUCAGCGAAAUCACCAAAAUUAACCACAAAGGCCGGGCCAUGUUCCGCGCCUCCGGGAUGGAAGUAGUGGCGGUGUUGCUGUUCCUUUUUUAUCACCUGGCCGCGGCCCAAGGUGGAGCAGCCCCGUGUUAUGAGUGCGACGACUUCAAGCAGCCCGCCCGCUCCACUUCCUACAACCAGCAGGACGAAGAGGUGCGCUCGCACUGCAGCUACCCUUGCGAAUGUCCCGACGAAACUCCAACCUGUCCGCAAGGCGUGUCUUUGAUCAGGGACGGGUGCGGUUGUUGCGCUGUUUGUGCCCGGCAAGUGGACGAAACUUGCGAUGGCACGGCCCUUUGUGACGAGAGACGCGGUCUCGUUUGCCAAUAUCCCUCGUCUGAAGCUCACCAUGGUGCAUGUCAAGUGAUCAAAGGGCUGCCGUGCAGCGUGGACAACAAAACUUUUGACAACGGCGAAACGUUCAUGCUGGACUGCAGGACGCAGUGUUCCUGCCAGAACGGGACGUACGCGUGUUCGUCGCUGUGUCCUCAGGAGGCCCUUUCGCCCGAUUGCAACCACCCUCGGCUGGUGGAGGUGCCGGGUCAGUGUUGCCGCGAGUGGAUGUGCGACAGUGUCGAAGCCCAGCGUCCGCCUGAAUGCGAGCACCAAUCGAGCGCCUGGAGCGAGUGUUCGGCGCUCGACUGCGGCCUCGGCGUGUCCAGAAGGGUUUCGAACGAGAACCCACGUUGCGUUCCCGAGGCGGAAGGUCGUCUUUGUCAGGUCAGAGCUUGUGAAGCUGAGGAUAAUGAAGUGGAGGCGGGACAGCACGGACACAAAAUACGGAAAGGUCACGAGUGCAAGGCAACGCAGAAGGUGCACCGUGCGGUGCGUCUGCGCGUGGGCGCGUGUUGGAGCCGAAAGAUGUUCUGGCCCAAGUUCUGCGGCGAGUGUCGCACGUCGUGUUGCGAGCCUCAACUGAGCACCACCAAGCAGGUCGAAUUCCUGUGUCCCGUGGCCGCGGCGGCGGCCACUCAGGCCGGCCUGCUGGAGCAGGCGGCCGCGGCGGCCGGCGGCCAGCUGUGGCACCGCAAGACGCAGCACCGGCGGUGGGACGACGCCGACGAGGAGGUGGCCGAGGCGGAGGCCGUGGCGGCGGCCGCCAACGGCACGGCCGUCGUCCGCCUCGCGGUCCAGUGGAUUCUCAAGUGCGCGUGCAGUGCCGAGCCGCCGUGUCCCGAGCGUCUGCACCGCGUCCACCGCACCGCCGCCCUUUUGCCUUGAACCGAAAAUACAUAGAAAAAUCAACCGGCACCCCCGCGCACUUUCACAUCAAUUCAGGGCAACGUUCGCUUAAAUUAAGGGCUUAGACACAAAUGAAUAACGUUCGCCGUCCUCGCAGGCUUAUCAACGGCUACAAGAGAUUUUAUUUUAAUAAAUUUUUGACUUGCAGAUGGAAAUUUUGGUGUCUCAAUAAUAUAUUUUAACUUGAGUAUGAAUAUUGACUUCAUAUAUAAGUAAUUUUUUUAUAAUUUCAACCCUUUGAUUCUCAGAAACAAACAUGAAUAGAUGUAAAAUUGCAUUUACAAAUAUUUUAAAAAUUUAAUAUAUUUAAAAAUAUAUAUAAAUUUUUUAAUUUCUAAGAAAUUAAUAAAAUUAAAGCAUUUUUUUUUUUUUGGAAAUUGAAAGAUUUUCAUAGUUCAUCCAGAC